GUGUUAGAUGCGCGAAAGAAAGCUAAUUGUUUUCGCUGUACUGUUAUGUCUCCUUGCUUUUACGCCUCACCGCACGGUAUUUAGAUUUAAGGUAGCCAGCUGGUGGGAACGUGUUAGCGAUAGCUUCGCCAGCUUCAGCAGCAUCGUAAAGUCGUGACAGUCUGAUGCAGGAGGAAGGUGAUCACAUACACAUAGGCUUUUCCAUCUUUCAUCAGAAAUGGCCUUCAGCAAGGGGUAUCGCAUUUAUCACAAACUGGACCCACCUCCCUACAGUGUUAUAGUGGAAACUAGGACCAGGGAGGAAUGUCUCAUGUUUGAGUCGGCCGCUGUUGCUGUUUUGUCGGCCGCUGAGAAGGAUGCCAUUAAAAACACAUAUACCAAGAUUGUUGAUGCCUAUGGGAUCCUUGGUGUCCUCCGCCUAAACCUGGGUGACUCUAUGCUCCACAGUCUGGUGGUUGUGACAGGAUGCAGCUCUGUGGGGAAAGUGCAGGAUUCUGAGGUCUUCAGGGUCACACAGACAGACUUUAUAUCAUUGAAGAAUGAUCCAGGAGACGAGGAUCGCAUUUCUGAGGUGCGAAAGGUCCUAAACUCGGGACACUUCUACUUUGCCUGGUCUUCCACCGGAGUGAGCAUGGACUUGAGUCUUAAUGCACAUCGCAGGAUUCUACAAGACACUACUGAUAAUCGCUUCUUUUGGAACCAAUCUCUGCACCUGCACCUGAAGCAUUAUGGAGUAAACUGUGAUGACUGGCUGUUGAGGCUGAUGUGUGGUGGGGUGGAGAUCAGGACCAUCUAUGCAGGUCACAAACAGGCCAAAGCUUGCAUCUUCUCUCGCCUAAGCUCAGAGCGAGCCGGCACACGAUUCAAUGUACGAGGAACAAAUGAUGACGGACAGGUGGCCAACUUUGUGGAGACUGAACAGGUUGUCUUCCUGGAUGACAAAGUUUCGUCGUUCAUACAGAUCCGUGGAUCCAUUCCUCUUUUUUGGGAACAACCAGGAAUACAGAAAAAGUCUCUUAAGGGAGUUUUAUUACACCUGAAUGAGAAUCGCCACCCUAAUCGACUGGAUGAAAACCCCCACCUGGUUGGCUCCCAUCGUGUCAAACUCUCACGGGGAUUUGAGGCAAAUGCCCCAGCUUUUGAAAGGCACUUCACUGCACUGCGGCGAUUGUAUGGAAAACAGGUCAUCAUCAACCUGCUCGGUGGUAAAGAAGGGGAACACAUGCUCAGCAAAGCGUUUCAGAGUCACUUAAAGGCAUCGGAGCACGCGUCAGCAGUGAAAAUGGUCAACUUUGACUACCAUCAAAAUGUGAAGGGGGGCAAAGCAGACAAACUUCACAGUGUCCUCAAGCCCCAGCUCAACAAGUUCAUAGAGGACUGUGGGUUCUUCUACUACACGGCAGAGAUGGGCAUCGAAAGGAGUCAGGGCGGAACAAUCAGGACCAACUGCCUGGACUGCCUGGACAGAACCAACAGUGUACAGGCCUUCUUUGCCCUUGAGAUGUUGCCAAAGCAGCUGGAGAUCAUGGGUCUGACGGAGAAACCCCAGCUGGUGGCCAGGUUCCAGGAGGUGUUUAGGACCAUGUGGUCUGCCAACGGAGACUCUAUCAGUAAGAUCUACGCGGGCACAGGUGCUCUCGAUGGCAAGGCCAAGGCGGGGAAGCUAAAAGAUGGAGCUCGCUCUGUGACGAGGACCAUCCAGAACAACUUCUUUGACACUUCCAAGCAGGAGGCUAUAGACAUCCUGAGGCUCGGCUCCACACUGAACAGCGACUUGGCCGACAAAGCUCGGGCCUUGCUAACCACGUCCAGUCUAUAUGUCACUGAGCCCGUCUUACAAUCAGCCUCCCCUAGAGUACUGCUGGGAAUGUGUCAGAACUACCAUAAAUACACGAGGCCCAAGCAGAUCCGCGUGUGUGUUGGCACCUGGAACGUCAAUGGAGGCAAACAGUUCCGCAGCAUUGCUUUCCGCAACCAGACUCUGAACGACUGGCUCCUGGAUGCCCCGAAGAAGGCAGGGUUCCCUGACUUCCAGGACAGCAAAUCCAACCCUGUCGAUAUUUUUGCCAUUGGGUUUGAGGAAAUGGUUGAGCUGAACGCUGGCAACAUCGUCAGCGCCAGCACUACUAAUCAGAAGUUGUGGGCAGCCGAGCUCCAAAAGAACAUUUCGCGGGACCACAAGUAUGUUCUGCUUGCUUCAGAGCAGCUGGUGGGAGUCUGCCUGUUUGUUUUCAUCCGCCCACAGCAUGCGCCCUUCAUCAGAGACGUCGCUGUGGAUACUGUAAAAACUGGAAUGGGUGGAGCCACAGGCAAUAAAGGAGGCGUUGCUAUCCGCCUUCUGUUCCACACCACCAGCAUCUGCUUCGUCUGCUCCCACUUUGCUGCUGGCCAGUCACAGGUCAAGGAGAGAAACGAUGACUACAAUGAGAUCACGCGCAGACUCAGCUUCCCCAUGGGUCGUCUGCUGUACUCGCACGAUUACGUGUUCUGGUGUGGAGACUUCAACUAUCGCAUCAACCUGCCUAAUGAAGAAGUGAAAGAGCUCAUCAAACAGCAGAACUGGGAUGCAUUAACAGCUGGGGACCAGUUGGUGGACCAGAAGAAUGCUGGUUUGAUCUUCAGAGGCUUCAUAGAGGGAAUGUUGGACUUUGCUCCCACCUAUAAGUACGACCUCUUCUCUGAAGACUAUGACACCAGUGAGAAGUGCCGCACGCCAGCCUGGACUGACCGUAUACUCUGGAAGAGGAGGAAGUGGAACUUUAGCAAAACAGCUGAGGAGAUGAAUGUUGUUGGGGCAGCAUCUACAUCUGGAGAAAAUGAGGAUGAUCCAGACUGCCCCUGGAGUCCUGGCGAUCUGAAAUACUAUGGAAGGGCUGAGCUUAAGACCUCAGAUCACAGGCCUGUGGUGUCAAUAAUAGAUGUAGACAUCCUUGAGGUCGACCCAGAGGCUCGACACCAGGUCUACAAAGACGUUAUUGCCCUGCAAGGGCCUCCAGAUGGCACCAUCCUGGUGUCACUUUGUUCUUCUGGCCCUGAUGAUUACUUUGACGAUGCGCUUAUAGACGAGCUGCUGGACAAGUUUUCUAAUUUUGGAGAGGUCAUUCUCAUCAGGUUUGUUGAGGAGAAGAUGUGGGUGACCUUCCUGGAAGGUUAUUCUGCUCUUGCCGCUUUGUCUCUCAGUGCUUCUACUGUGCUAGGCAAGGUGAUUGACAUCCGUCUGAAGAGUCCAGGCUGGAUCAAAAGUCUGGAGGAGGAGAUGAGUGUGGAGAGAAUCUGUGGAAGCAUCCCCACCUCUGGCAGCUCCUGUUUACUUGCUGAGGACUCAAGUAUGGUAGAUGAUGAUUUUGAUAUGGAAGGUGAUGUGGAUGAAGAGGUUGAGGAGAUUCUUCCUCAGCACUUGCAGCCUGGAGCUGGCUCUGGUCCCGGAACCUCCCCUCUACCUUCACCAUACACUAGUCCCUGUCCCUCCCCUACCCAUGGAGAACCUGCAGCCCCCAGCAGGCCUAGCCGAGCAACACAACCCUCCCGACCGUCACAAGGACCUCCUGUGGAUUUCCAGCCUGGUGCACCGACAUCCCAAGGCUUGGAGCCCAAACGCCCACCCCCUCCUCGUCCCAAUGCUCCACCAGCCAGGCCGGCCCCUCCUCAACGCCCACCACCACCUUCAGGAGGCAUGAGCCCUCUUCCAGUUAGAAAGGACUCUGGAGACUGUGCUGAAUGUCCCAGCCCACUGCUCGGUAGGAGAGGCAGUGAAGGACCAAAAAGCCCUGCUCUUCCUCGGCCAGAUGCUGCUGCAGGUCGAGGGCAGGCAGGAGCUCCGAGGCCGAAUAUCCCUCCUCGAGCUGGUGUAAUCAGUAUGCCUCCUCAGUCCCGCCCACCGCCUCUCUCUCACCCUGGAGCACCCAAACCUAUUCCAGAGGUGCAUCCUGGGGCCCCUCGUCCCAUCCCAGAUACUCACCCUGGAGCACCACGGCCUGUGCCCGCUCCCCAGGCUAAACCCAGUGAUCUUCCUCUGGGUGCUCCACCCGUGACGGCACCUGCUGCAGCGAGACCCCAGGUUCCAUCACCCAUGCAGCCGCCACCCGCUGUGCCUCCAACUCAGUCACAACUUCCACCACCAAUGCAGCCCUCACUUCCAGCGCCACUGCAGCCCCAGCAGGCGGCUGCUCCUGCUGCUCCUGCUCCUGCUCCUGCCGGCCCUCCUGGGCCCUCACAGGCUCUGGCAUCUCCUAAACCACCACCACGGUCCCGCUCCUCUCAUACCCUGCCACCAGAUGCUGCCAAGUCUGAGACAGCCCCAGCUGCACAGACUAAUGGACUGAAUGGAAUCCAAAUCGAAGCACAAUGGAAGCCCGACCCCUUCGACGCGCUUGCAUCUGACUUCUCGUUCUCCUCCUCCUCCUCCUGGCACACUACCCAGUCCCUGACCAGAGGCGCCUCUCUGCACACGCCUCCCAUCGAUCCCUUAUUCUCAUUUUCCUCCAGCACCCUCCCUGCAUCCUUCUCUCACCAGGCGUCCACUCUGUCAGACAUGCAGGUACUCGAAUCCUCCUCCUCUUCCUCACUCUCUAUUCCAUCGCCGUCCACGUCCUCCCUCCUCCCGCCUCCUCCGAUCCCGUCUCGUAGUCGCUCGCAGGAGACACUUCGCGCCUCACCUGGCCCCUUCCUCGCUGAUCCACUUCCUGCCCGACCCAGCAGCACCAACCCCUUCACAGGCCCACUUCUACAGCAGAAUCCGCAGCGCCGCUCAGUCACCCCGGAUUUCAGCAUUCAACGUCCUGCACCAAAUUCAAACCUUCAGAGAUCCAUGCCCACCCUUACUCAGCCACUCAUCCCCACCCUUGCUCCACCAGCAGCCCCAACCGCAGCUGUUGCACCCACCCUCCAGCUCCAUAGGACCACAUCCCUGUUUGGACCAUCAUCCACUCUCAGUCCAACACCUGCACCUGUGUUCCCCCUCGCUGCUGACUUAUCUUCUGCUCCUGCCUUGCCUCUGGCACCAGCCUCCUCCGUUCUUUUAGGCCCUGCGCCCCGACGCCAGCCGCCCCCCCAAGGAGGGAAACCAACACAGCGGUGGGUCACUUUUGAUGAUGAUUUUCCAGCUCUGACCAAAACACCACAGAUCCCUGUCUUCCCGUCCAAUUCUCUAGUUUCCCAAACGCAGACUCAGCCUUCCCACUGUUUGUUUGACUCCGAGCCCGACUGGUUAUCUCCCACCCCUUCCGUAUUUCCGAACCUCCCUCCUCCUAUCGCACCUAGAACUGCAACCAACCCAAAACUCCCGAGUCCCGACGAUGACAGCUUCUUCCCCAGGGAGUCGACAGAAAGAUAGGAUCAUUCUUAAAAUGUAAAGGGCAUAUCCAGAUAUGUAUAUGUAUAGAUCUAUAAUAAAUGUGUUUGUGUAUGUGUGGGCGGGCGUGUGUGUGUACAGAGUCAGUAUUUAAGAAGAUAGACCAGUUUCCCUCUGAAUCACAGGAAAGAAUUCAUAUCCCAUGUGUGUUACACAAAAACAAUGGCUUGCUCUGAUUUUAAGUCAUUCUGAUGUUUAUUUUUAUUUAUGGAACACAAACGAACCAGUGUCUCCAGUAUAUAGUUAUACAAAGUAUGUCUAUACGCACAAAUCACGUGUUUCCUGUGCAAUAUAAAGACAUGUCUUGUGUGGCUGUGCAGGACGCUGCAUUCACAAGGUUUCCCCUGAAUCAGUGUUACCUUGGCAUUUGCUGCAAACAAGCCGUUGGUCAUAUUCUGCAUGACGUCUGAUGUAUACAAUACAGCAGGAUUGUCAGAGUACAUGUUAUACAGUGAAGGUGUGGCAUUUUACUGCAAGUGUGUGAUUGGUUUGACCUGUAAAGAGUAUAUUUUCUGUCCUUUUUGUGUAUGUGGUGGACUGUCAUAUUCUGUACUUUUAUUAUGAAUGUACUUUAUGUUGAGUUUCGUCAUAGCCUUUUUGUGACAGCAGGUUAAUUCAGUGUCAUGGUCAUUCCGACUGAUCGACGGCUGCAGAACUGAUCACUCGCUCAGUAUGCUCUCUGCUUGGCUCUAUAUCUGCAUAUAUACAUAGUCAUGAUGUAUAAAUGGAUGUUUUCAAUAUAAAAACCACCAUGUGUGUUGAAUUUAUCAGUGGUUUGCACAACUAAUCUGCGCUGAGACGCUGCUCAUGGUGUCUUGGUUGUAGUCCUGUUGAAUAAUUUAGGUGAGAUCCUGUGGAUGAGAGAGCUGUUUGACCUCUUGUGUUUCAAACCAUACUAUUUUAAAUGUAGAGUAUGUGCCACACAUGUGUAUACUUAUGUUACCCUUUAGUACGAAGCAGAUGUGAUCCAGGUCUGUGGACAUGGCAGCAAGCACAUGCCAUGCACAACAAUAAGAGGGCACAUUUUACUUAAACCUUUGUUUAUUGCAAAUGUCCUGCGAUUAAUUACUAAGAGCAUUUUAUUCUAAAGGCUAUUGUUGGCACUGUAGUGAGAAGUAGAGUGUUUUGUCUCAGGUGUGUAUUGUCUGUUGUUGUGUGGUGGUGUUUGUGUUUGGAUGUGAGUGUGUGCGUACAGAAUUAAAUAGUGGCGUUUCAGAGCUUGCAACGUUUGUUUAACACACAAUGUAUUUGUCCAAGCGUUUAGAGCCAUCAGGUUCUAAGCUUUCACUCACCGUAUUCACUCAUUCAUGGUUGUAAACGCUUCCAUUCUUCAGCCUUCCAAGGGCUGUGGAGAGGCACUAGUGUUACCCAUACAAGACAAAGAACCUUACAAUCACUAUACCGUCUGAGUAAUAAUCUAUGUCUCUGGCAACUCUGAUAAAAAAACUUCACCGUGUUUGACUAAAAGUCUGAAAACUCAGCUACACUGUCCUUUACAGUGUUUGUUGUGUUCCUCCAAGGCGCCUUGUAUCUCCAACCCAUAGCUGUUUUCUCCUCGAGAGCCUUUUAGACUUCAACGUUCUUGAGGCCUGUGUGUGUGUAGUAACUUGUCAGAGGUGAUGUUAGUAUUUCUUCCUGUACUAAUACUCUACUUCACUCAUUGACUCAAUGCAGUUGAGUUUUUAACAGUAUCAGUGUUGAGAAUGAUGACCGAUUUCAGUGAAGGGUCAGUGAGAGUACAGUUCUCCUUAACAUGACACAUGCCAGCUGUUGAUGUGGGUUCCCCCUAAGAUCUUUGGAAUAUGUGGAACAGCACUUGGAUCAUUCAUAAAAGAUAAAACUGUAAGAAAAGGGUACCAACAAAAUAAUGCUUUUGUGCUCUGUUUAAUCACAUGUAAAGUAUGUAAUAAUAUUCUUCUGCACUGAAAGCAGUAGCUACCCAUGUAAGCAGAUGUUACAGGUUGCCUUUGCUUACAUAUCAGUGUCAUCUCUAAAAUGCAUUUAUCGUGUUAUCAAAUGUGUGCAGUAGAAACCGUAUCUACGUUAGCAGUAAAUGACUAGGCGGCGCUUUGUGUCAUGUCAUGUUCAACAUGCAGUUUUAUAGGAUACACAUUGCUCCUUUUGUGAGGUUGUUGUUCCUUUUUACGGCUAAAAACCAUAGUAAAUAAGAGUCUGUGUUGUUGAACAUAUUCUGUACGUAUCUGUACGCGAAGCUGCGGUUCAUGUUAAUAUUCAAUGUUCCAUAUCUUAAGUGCACAACAGAUUGCACAUUUAUGGACAAAGCAGUUUAUGUUGUAUGUAUGCAAAAAUAAAUUAUUGAUCUGA